AUGGAUUGUAUUAAUUGGACGACCCACAGAGGUGUGGAGAGUCCCUUUCCUCAAAUCGAUUGGGACGCGCUGAAAGACUACGCAAUCAACAUUAGAUACACACAAGAUGAGCACCCUAAAGAGCGACAACCCUUGAAAUGCGACAUUCCUCCAGUCUAUAGUAUGGGUGGAGUGCACUUGGUGCGACUCUUGGCCUUUGAUGAUGAAACGAAAUGGGUUGCACGUAUCCAGUUGCGGGAGGCAACCUCAGAUUCCAAGGCUCUCUUGCUUUCUGAGAUACACACCCUCUCUCUGAUCCGAGCGAAAUCGGAUAUUCCGGUACCACGAGUCUUUGGAUAUGAUAUCUGUCAAGAACGUAUUGGACGUGCAUUCAUGAUUAUGGAGUUUAUUCUGGGGAGCACGGCAAUGAAUGCGUUUUGUGGCCACGAAGUACACGCUGGAGAGAUUCCCCUGCGAUAUAAGGCGAAAUUUCACAACGAUGUCGCUCAUAUACAGGCGACGAUGGCCUCAAUACGAUUUCCCAAGAUCGGUAUGAUCUCUCGGCUUCACGACGGCUCUUACGAUAUCGGUCCAAUACCUGGUUUGGGGGGUCCGUUCGAAAGUGCACAGGAAUAUUUCACGGCGUGGGCGGAAAACGCUCGAUUUCCUACUGGAGAAGAUACAAUUCGUGCCUCGGUACCGCCCGAACUAGCAAAUGAACUUAUCCUAUCCAUUAGACAAUUUCCGAGCCAGUUCAAAAAGGCACUGCGCAGACUUCCGAUAAAUACGGGGCCAUUUCCUCUUCACCACCCCGACUUCUAUCACAGUAACAUCAUCAUAGACGAUACGCAUAACAUCCUCUCGGUCAUAGACUGGGAAGGCGCCGGUACGGUUCCCUGGGAAGUGGUGCAAUUCCCUAUGUUUCUGUACACGGUUCCCCCGCCAAUCGAUCUCCCAUCAAAUUACGACCAUAAUGGUUAUCCGGUUGAUGUGGAGGUACAGAAUCGUUGGAAGGAACGACAGGAAUAUAUCGAAUCUGUCAAAACGGCCGAGACAGAAAAGGCUUUUGAUAACAAACUUUCUAGGAUUCUGGCUUCCCACGAAACCCAAAAUCUUGCCACUUCCAUCAAGCUUUACGAAGAUCCAGGCAAAAUCGGAUAUUACUGCAGGCUGUUGAGAACAACUGAGGGUAGUUGA